CAUGAUUGUGUACUGGCAGCCAGAGCGGGUCCGGGUACGUGCGAGAUGCAGCCAUAGUCACGCUACACUGUCUCAAAUUUUUAUCCUGCUGGGAUCGUUAGUGUUGCAGCGCAUCAGAGCCGACUGAAAGACGUGAGCCAUCAUGAGUGAGCAUCAGAGGCAGCGCUCUCUGUCCACCGCUGGUGAGUCUCUCUACAUAGUGUUGGGAGUGGAGAAGGUCGCCACAUCGGAUGAUAUCAAGAGAUCUUACAGGAAACUGGCGCUGAAGUUCCACCCUGACAAGAAUCCUGACAAUCCAGAGGCAGCUGAUAAGUUCAAGGAGAUAAACAACGCUCAUGCAAUUCUGAAUGACCCCACAAAGCGUAAUAUUUAUGACAAAUAUGGUUCUCUGGGAUUAUAUGUGGCAGAGCAGUUUGGAGAAGAGAAUGUAAACACUUACUUUGUCCUUUCAAGCUGGUGGGCAAAGGCUCUGUUUGUGUUCUGCGGCCUGGCCACUGGCUGCUACUUCUGUUGCUGCCUAUGUUGCUGCUGUAACUGCUGCUGUGGUAAAUGUAAACCACGGCCUCGGGAGGGCCAGGAGCAGGAUUUUUAUGUGUCCCCUGAGGACCUGGAGGCUCAGCUGCAAUCUGAUGAGAGAGGUGAGACUUCAUCACCCAGGCUUGUGCCGUUUGGCGAUGGGAUCGUAUACGAACAAUUUUAGGGAUUGUCAACAAUUGGUUUAUCCUACGCCCAUAUAAAGAGGCUGGGGGUGACCCUAUAAUGCUGCAACCAUCAGCCACAGAGACAACCCAGUUAACAUCGGAUGGGCACCACUCCUACCACACUGACACCGGCUUCAACUAACCCUCUGUUCACGUCAAUCCUGGCCUGCGGUCCUGCCUGCUUCCCUGCUCCACCUCAGUGAGAUUACAGAAAGAGGCAAUCCAUCUUUCCACUUCAGAAAGAGAGCCAUGCAGAGGAGAGGGACUAGUAAGCAUGGCCCAUGAAAGGAACUAUUGAAGUCACCUCCCUUUCACCCCUCCCUGAUUGGUCCACAACUUAUUUUCCCCAGUAAGAGAAGAAAAAUGAAACGACUUAAGUUUCCUUUUGAUUUCUUCUUUUGUAUUUCUUGGCCUUUAACCACACAGGUCGCCUACCCCACUUCCCCCUCUGUCCCACAGUUUGCAUCAUGGUGUAGCAUGCACUGUUUAUAAACAUGGUCUCCAAAUUUUCUUUCAUCUUUCGCAGCAUUUUUAUUUUGCAAGACUCAUAAUGUUGGUGCAUACAUGUGUGCAGUAUGUUCAAAUGAGUACAGUUCACACAGAGGAGGAGAGAAGGAGAGUUUACAAGAUAAUUAAUGCUGAAGGACAGGAGAGCCGUGGCUCAGGGAGGUGCUGGUUAUAGAGGUGUUUGUUUGUUGAGGUGAUCAGUGCCAUCAUUUAAACCUUCAAAAACAGAGUUGUCAUAUAUUUGUGCAAUUUUCACUUCUGAUUCACAAUCAAUACUGUUUUAGUUUAAGGUGGCAUCUGCCAUCGUCAGACCUACAGUACGUCUUUGGCAUUGUGUUUGUUUGUCUGUAGUGUGCUCCCCUGAGAGUUUUUAAUGUGAAUCAUGAGGAUGUUAAGGCACAGAGCUUUAUUUGCAGACAUUUUUCUUCAUAAAUGCCUGCUGGCACAACAUCAGUUGCAGUUAUUAAUUAGUAUUGGCUUUCCAUUCCUCUGCCUCAGCUUUAUUUCAGCUCGUCAUUGCAGGAUGGAGACUACUUGUCUUUCCUGCAGCAGUGCACAGGUCGCCGUGACCGUUAUUUUCAAGGUAACUUUUAUGUUGAUUCAUAUUUUCUUGCGUUAUACAUCUAUUUAUGGCAGGUUUCAGCCAAGGGAGAUAAGUUCCAGUGUCACAAUUUUCGGUUGAUCUUUUUUUUUUUUUGCCUAAUAAGAUUUUUUUCUGAUUGAUAAAAAAUAUUCACAUUGGUUUCAGGAAUUGGAAGACUAAACUUCACUCCUGUUCCGGACGUUAUCAGCGGUUAUCAUCCUCAUAGAUAAAGUUUAGUAGGCACAUGCUCCAACUUCUAGUAGGUUGAGAAGGUCGCUGUCACACUUUUAAAUGGACUGCUAUAUUUACAUUAUUGUUAGGUGCCAACCUCUAGUGGCCAUAGUAAUUAAUACAGGAGUGUUGAGGACAUGAGGCAAGGUAUUUAAUCAAAAUCAUAAUCUUUUUUAAAUCAAUCUUAUUUAAACCAAAGUUAACAAAAUCGUUUUUGACAAUUUAAGUAAUUUAAGGUAUUUAAUCCAAACCAAAAUGUUUAUACCUAAAUCUAAUCGUGUACUAUUUAUUUUCUUAACCUAAACAAUAGUUUCGGCACCUAAACCUACAAAAUGUGGAAGUUAAAUGCAACAACAUAGUGACCUGCCAUUGAAUGGGCUGAUAACAACCUUCUGCACACACUAGUAGACGGAAAAGGCACCUUCUGACCCACGUGUGAGGCCGAUAACCACUCGUAACGGGUGAUGUGAGCUUUUAAAAGAACCUCAUCCCCAAAAACAGAUAAUACACAUUUAAAUGUAUCAUUAUUGGAGGAAAUGAAUUCGUCUUUAUUGGAAUAUUAUGAUGACUUACUGCUCUUUUUUUCUUUGUCUGUUUAUACCAAGAGCAAAUUAAUUUAUUUCAGAGACAAGUAAUUGAGACUGAAAGAUAUUCAUUUCAUCUAAUUUUAGCAGUUACUUCUGUUUACUUAUUGAUCUUGCGGUAAAUGAAGCCAAGGAGCUCCAGCUGACUUUAAUGAGAGCUGUUAAAAAGGUAGAAAUAACAAAUCUCUAUCAGCAGCUGGUUCAGAGGGUGACAUGUUUUAAACUCUGAGCUGUCUUUAAUAUGUUGAGUAUUUAAUGUGAUGUGGGGAGAAAAAAAAACAUGUCUCACUCUUAUAAAUAAAGCCAACAUCCACAUGGGGGAUAUUUUAGGUGGUGAGGAAUAUGAUUUUCAUCAUGUUUUUAGUCCUUGUGUUUUGAACUGAAGUCUGAUGACAUUUUGUCCGAUGCUGUGACCGUUUAUCAUUGUUGACUUUCUCGAAAUCCAUGUAGAGUAAGAAGCUCGUCAGGCAUAUCAUCUGUGAGCUCAGUGCUACAGGCAGCUCCAAGUUAAAUGAUUUUUCAUACUACUGAAUUUGCAUAUAUUGCCACAUAAUUGCCAUAAAUUGCCAUGAACAUCUUUGCCACUUUGUCCGGUUCAUAAAUGCUAAUAAUGUGUUUCAAUGGUUUACAAUUGGUGAGCUCCUGUUGCCCACCCUCUGCUAUUAACGGUAUGGAUGUUGACCUCUGUGGCCCUCGUAUGAUGUUUCCUGUAACCCUUGAUGAAACAUAGAUGUUCCUGUCAUGGCUUUUUCAUUGAGAUACUGAAAAAUGCUACUGUAAAUGUUCUAAGUUGAAUGCACUGUGUUUAAAAAAAAAAAAAACCUAUAAUGAAUAAAUGAUCAGGAAAUGACUCCAUAAAAGAUAACAUAGUAUAUAUAGUGUAACUAUAGUGAAAUGGUUAUAUGAUGCAUUUUUGGAAUUUUAUUUAUUUCAUAUUUGAUGAUGGCUAUAAUUUUAACUGGUAUGGUGUUGUAAUGUAACCAUUAAAUUUUGCAAGGAAUGGUUUAAUGGUUAAGGUCGCUUGUACAUACACUUGGCCCAUAUAAAGUAUAAACCUUAACGUUUAUGUUGUAGCAUGGUAAUUGUGUGUCUGGAAGAAAACAAGUGGAUCAUUGAUCUGAUUUGCUGUUGUUGAAUAAAUGUUCCUGAACAUUU